CUGCCCCUGGCGCCCGUCCCCCGGCCCGCUCCCGCGGCGGCCGGGCAGCGGCCUGAGCGCGGCGCCGCCAUGGCGCUGGAAGUGGAGGCGGCCGGGGCUCCUCUCAGCUCUUUCCUGAGGGACUUCCCGUGUCCGCUGGGCCCGGGGGAGCCGCUGCCCUGGAGCUCCGGGGGCGGUAGCGCCCUGAGCAAGGCCGAGGUGCCGGGCGCGCUGGCCGAGCGGGCGAGGAGCCUCCUGGGCAGCAGCAGAGGUGUUUCACCACUCCUUGCAGCAUCCUUGAUCCAUGCUGCAGUUGAAGAAGUUCUCCGAACAGACUUGAUUGAAUUUAAGCAGCAAAGUGUGGAAACAGAGGGAGAAGAAGAGGAGGAAAGGUUCACCUUGCUGGAUGGAGAGUCGUUGCAGCGCUGCUUCUUCAACAAGCUUCGGGAUGUUUGCUCUGAGUGGCAGAAGCAGUUGCCACCACUGAGACCACUGAAGCGGUUCCUGCUCGUUUCCAUCCACGCCAUCCGAAACGCUCGACGGAAAAUGGAAGACCGCCACGUUCUGCUCCCAGAGUUCAAUCAGCUCUUUGGUUUAUCAGAUGACAUUGAUCGAGCUUACUUUGCGGUAUUUGACGGCCACGGUGGAGUGGAUGCUGCCAAUUAUUCAGCAACCCAUUUACAUGUAAAUGUUGGGCAACACGAAGAGAUUGUUAAGAAUCCAGCUGAGGCCUUGAAAUGCUCUUUCCAGAGGACAGAUGAAAUGUUUCUUUUCAAAGCCAAAAGAGAGAAACUGCGGAGUGGUACAACAGGUGUCUCUGCGUUGAUUGUAGGGAACAAGCUACACAUAGCAUGGCUAGGGGACUCACAGGUAAUGCUUGUGCAGCAAGGAAAACCUCUGACAUUAAUGGAACCUCACAAACCAGAAAGAGAAGAUGAGAGAGCACGGAUUGAGACUCUGGGUGGUUGUGUAACCUACAUGGACUGCUGGCGGGUUAAUGGUACCUUGGCUGUUUCCAGAGCCAUUGGUGACAUAUGUCAGAAACCUUACAUCUCUGGUGAUGCAGAUGGAGAUUCAUUUGAGCUCACUGGUUCUGAAGAUUACUUACUCCUAGCCUGCGAUGGAUUCUUUGAUGCUAUCAAGCCAUGCGAGGUUGUAGACUUGGUCCUAGAUCACUUGAUGCAAACCCAAGGAGUGGGUCUCAAAGCAGCAGAAAGACUGGUGGCUGCUGCAAAGGAAAAUGGAUCCAGUGAUAACAUCACUGUUCUAGUAGUAUUCUUGAGGGAUCCUCAAGACAUCUUGGCAGACUGUCUCAGAGAUCCUAAGAGCCUUGGGACUGCUGCUGCUGCUCAGAGCUCACCCUUUAAUUUCCUCAGUUGUGAGGCAGCAGCCACACAGUGACAAAAUCUGCUUAAUCCAGAACAUUCUAAUAACGUCACAUAAGGAACUGCCUUCCACUGAAGAAGCCUCUAAAACAAUAGGCAAAACGUGUCAGGAGAAAAAUGACAAAUGGACAAACAUUUAACACAAAGGCAAGACUCCUUUUACUGAAUUCCCAUUUGUCUUUUCCUUUCUCAACCCCCUCCCUCAAAAACCACUGAGCAAGUGUGGAGGUUUGUACAGCUAUUUUGUUUUUGGGAGCAGACUUCAAAAGUGUGUCCCAGGGCUACUGGUCAUGUCCCUCUGCCUUGAAAGUGGUAAGAAACCAUACAGUGUAUAAGCUAAUGGGUAAGAACACCCAAUUGUGAAUUCUGAGUGAAAAUUUAAAUUAAUGCUUAAAAAGAAUGCUGUAUGUUGUGUUUGACUGUGUUGUUACUUUGGAGGUUGGGAGGAGAGAAGUUAUCACCAUCACAGAAAAGCUGUAACUGUGUGUGGUCUGUAGGAACAGGCUGGGUGAGCGAGAGACUGGGUGACACCAUUAUGCUGUGUAAGUUGCUUUUGUUUUGUACCAAAGAUGAUCCUACAAGAAUGAUGCAGCUUCUUUUGUUCAAACAGACAUUUGAUUUUGUCUGUGUAGAGAGGAGAAAAUGAAAGUGGAUGCUUUAGAAAAAGAGCAAGAAAGCUAACUAGAAAUAUCCCAGGCAAAAAUGCCUCAAAAUCAGCUGCUUUCUGGAAUGCUCUGAUAAACUGGAAUCCAAUAUUUAACUGCACUGGAUUAUUUCUCCCUAAGAAACAUGCUUUAUUGUGUAUUUGGCAACCUGAAAAGAAAGGGCCCUUAUUGUUGCAUUUGUGAGAGAUCUUUACAGUAUGUAUCCUCUAGCAGUUAAAUGUGCUCUGUUUCUGCCACAUUUUGUGUACUAUAAUCAAGGAGAAAUUUAUUUUUAUUCUCUUUGUUUAUUUACUGAACUUUGCAGUUGGAGGAAUCUUUUGCAGUGUUAUUUUGUUGUGGGUUUUGUAUUUAAAUUAGAUUUUUAAAGUGGCUUUGUCUUUAUUAUCUGGUUUUAAAAACUGACUACCCUCAAGUGCCUUAAAUAUUUCACCCAAGUAUUGCUGGCUUCCUGGCGUAAUCUGCUGAGCCAGUUUAUGGUGUUUUUAAAAUGUGACAUUUUUAUUUCACUAAUACUAACAUUUAAUGCACUUAAAUGUUUCAGGUUUGUGAAUGAUUUGUGAGAACUAGGUUUCAAGAAAACAUCUCCUUCGUUGUUGCCAAAUCUUGUGGCUUGUAGUGAAAGCUUCACAAGACGUAACUGUGAAUUACCCCCUGCCCCAUGCAAAAAGCUGUAGUUAGUUGUGAAGUAACAAUCUGAGUCAUCAUAACUUUCAUUUAAAAACAAACACACCCCUGAUCUUCACAAGAAAAUUUAAUAACACCAACUAGAAAUGGUUUAGUUACAGUUUUUUAUUAAAGGAUAAUGUAUUUGUCCAUACUUCAUUAGCUUUUGGGGUCUAAAUAACUUUCUAAGGAGAUGUGAAGCUAAGCUGAGGAUGAAAGAGUCUUAAUGAGUGUGUAUGUUGUUGUGUGACCGUUAUGUACAUUACCUGCUAAAACCACUGGUUGAAUUUUGUCUUGCUUUGCCUUGCCUUGCUAGCAUGGCUAGCAGGACUCAAAAAGAUCUGAAGGCUCAGUGGUAACGUAUUAGUAACUUCUGUAUGAAAACAAAAAGUGCUUUACAUCUGGCAGCAAGAUUGUACGCCUAAUUUAGAAGCACGUGCCAUUGCAAUCUGUCAGUCCUGUUAAUUAAAAUGUGUUGACCUUAAUUUUGUUUAGGGAGGAAGUUUAGGUAGAAGAGUUGAGAUGGCUAAAAGGAGAGCAGAGCAUCCCUGUUGAUGUCCGUAGUGUGUGAGUGGUUGGUGAGCGUGGGGCAGUGCCGUUAUCCGAGCAGCGUGAGCUUUCCGCUGGUGGAUGAUCGCACGGUUUCACACAAGCUCCCCAGUGAGCCACCAUCUCAUUACACAGCAACUCGGACAGGGACUUCCUUGUUUUGCUAUGCAACAACAGGAGAUUCUCUUCUGAGAAGGUUGCAGGCCCUUUUCAAUGAUACAUUUUGGGGAAGGCUUUCUGUGAAGGCAACCUGGUAAGGUAAGUGUUAGUUUUUGUAGUGAACCUACUUCAGGUAAGGAAGCCCUUAGUCUCCUAUAGCAAUCCCUUUGGAUUUGCCACCUCCUAUCUCUUUGAUUUCUAACCCAGAUAUUCAGUGUCAUGCUAAAUUCUGAUGACCACUAGUGCCUCUUGGUGUCUUGGAAAUAGUUCUCAUUAUUAAUAUAGUAAGAAUCAUACAGAAUUGUUUGAUUUCACUGUUAUCUGAGGUUUAUCAGGAAUGGGGGGAAGUGUUGUAUUCAUGAAAGGAAGUGUGAAAUGUUGGUGAGUCCAUGGUAUGGUUUAGCUUCUGAAAUUUGUCAAAUUUCCUGAAACAUGAAGGGAACUAAACAAGCCAAAUUCUUUGUAAUGGUGCUUUUAUUUAAACCUUUCUAGGGCAGAUUUGCAUUACAGAGGAAACAAAAUCUCAGAUCUUUCAAUGGAUACUUACAACUCUGUGAGAAUAUCCUUGUUUGUUUCAAAUUUGAUAGAUUUCUUUUUUCUUUAAGGGAGCAAAGUGAAAUGGGCCUUUAGAAAGCUGCCUGUGGUAAUAAAAAAAUGUAAUCAUCAAGCUAUGCUCCAGAGAAGAAAUUCUACAUUCUGAGAAGCUGCUCCCUUGUGUAGAUGUUUUAAUUCUGGAUGACCUAGUGCCUCAUUUCUUUGAGAUGUAAGUGGAUAGUAGUAUUCUUUAGAAACUCAUACAGAUUUCAGCAGGGAUAAAAAACAUUUCUCUAAUUUUCAGAGGCUUCGUACUAGCUUUAAAAAGUCUGGUCAGGUCUAUAGGAGUUGUGACUGGGUAAAAAGAGCAGUUUGUAUCCUAUCAGUGGAAUAAAUAGGUCUUAAUGUGUCAUCUACAGUAAAAUUCUAAAUACUGCUUGGAGGGGAAAUGAAUGUAUUCUUGACAGCUUGAUCAAAACCUAUGGGAACUUUUUGUUUAAAAAAAACCAAAACCACAACUGAAAGCCCAACAUUCCAGUUUGAUGUUAAAUCAAUAAUGAAAGUGUGACACGGGGUGCAAGGGUGGAUUUUUGAAGCACACUUUUAAAAUGCUAUGGAAAAUGGUUGUCAGGAUGAUCUUGUCCUUGGGAUGGCAAGGCAACCUCCAAUUGUUGUUUCUCUUACAAUUUUGAUACUGUUUUUAGAAGCCACCAGCUAUAACACAUAAUGCUGUUACCAGAAGUGUCACUAGCAUGGAUGGUGAGGGCAGAAGGAGCUCUAGCAGAGGGUGUGAAGUUGAGCUAAAUAUAAAAAAUAAAGAAUGGUGCUACCUUUUGAAUUUCCUGAUCUGCUGCAUUAGCUUUUCUUAUCUUUCCUCUUAAAACUUACUGGAUUUCUGGUGUUGGCUGUUCUGUUUUCCUUCCCUCCUUUGGUUAAAAAUAACAGGCCUUCCCAGGCCUGGGCCUUCCCAGUGUCAUCGACAAUGAACUAACACUUAUCCACUAAAGACAAAUUGACUAAUUUACCUAUUUCCAUGUUGUCUCUCUGAUGGGCCUGCAACAAAACCAGUUCUUGAGUCUAGCAGGAAUGUUUGAAGCUGUAGACGUUACCUAAAGGAUUCAACAUUAAAUGAAACAUUAUUUUUGUAUUUUACUAGACUCCAAGUGAAUAUCUGCUACUACAUUCUAGCACUCAGCAUCAGAGAAAUUGCUUCUUGAAGGAGCUUGUGUUUUUAAAACAGAGCAGCACACUUAAAUUCUUCUGCUGUGCUUGAUGGAAAACUGGUAUUAUUCUUUCUGCUUAGUGGGUAUCCAACAUCUCUUUUGCUUACAGUUAAUUCAUACUUCUACCUUUCUUUCCCUUCCCUACCCCUCCCUCUCCUAUAGAAACAUACCUAAGACAGAGAAGUCUUCUGGGUCUGACACAGACAAGAUUACAAUUUUACAAAUACAUUUGUUGAGGGAUUGGUUUGGGUUUUGGGUUUUUUUUGAGAACACAGAGGAUAGAAAUGCAGGACAAUUUUUAGAACAGAGGGAGAUUUAAGUAAAAUCCACCCUCUGAGUGAUGGAGGAGUGAAAGAGAGAGACAGGAAUGCAUUUAAGUAUUAUUAAUGUCUAUUUUAAAAAGGAAGUGGGCUGGAAAAUAGAGCUACAAAUGUCAGUUCUUUAGAGUGAAAAAACAGUGCUUGAAAGAAUUAGAAACACAGCCAUUAAAAAGCAAAACUCAAAUGUGCUAACUGUCUUCAAACAAGCAAGGAAGGAAUCACAGUAAAAGCAUCUAAGGUGACUUACCAUGACCCCUCAACACUGUCUUGGAAGCUAAUGCUACUAAAUGGCUUUUUCUAAGCAUCCUUCUGUGUAAGGCAGGUCUGAGAGGGAGUGUUUGGGGUGUGCAGUUACUGGUCACCGUGCAACUGCUGCCGUGAGGAAAUGCCACCAAGUGUGUUAAUGAAUCAAUAUGACUGGUGAGCUCUCAGGAUGAGUAAUUGGGCACAGAGUGGUUACAGCAGAAUUGGCAGUUGAAUAGUGUUAAUCACAGUGAUGACUUUAAUAGCAUUUAAUAGACACUUAUCUGAAUUCAGAGUCAGAUGAGAUACUGCUCUUUUUAAAAGCAUUUCCAGUGCUUUUAGCUUUCUGUCAUGAAAAGCCACUGAAAUUUCCAUUAUUUUGUUGGAUGUUGGGCAAAGUGCUUCUCUUGCUUUCUGAGUUCUGGAGAUAGCUGGCUGUCUGCACUGGAAAACCCAUUUUCAGUUGAUAGCUUAAAACAGCUGUUAGAGGUUGAAACUUUCCUCCUGGGCAAUCCUUUAAAAAAUAACAAAAAGGAGCUUCCAAAACAAGUGGCUGAGGAACCAUAGGUAUUUCUAAACAGCAUUGCACAAAAGGUAACUGGCAAAUACCCUCAACUGGUAAAGGGCAUAGAGAGUUUUGCUGCUUAAAGUCUGAAUUUAGGUUGCAGCUCUACUCUGUGUGAGACUCCUCUGUUGGUUAAGUUACUUGUAUUGUUGUGGAUGCAGGUACUGCACGUACAGCACCAGACGUGGUCUAUUUCUAUUCUUACAGUGCUGAAGUAACAAGCAAAUGCUUUAUGGAGAAAGUGGGGGGGAUGUUAGCCACAAUAGAGCAGAUUGCAGAUGAUUCAUAUAUAAUCUAGCUCUAGUUAAGCCUGAAUUAAAUUUCCCUGCCUGUUGCUGUCCCUUUUACAGCUGGACCUGUGCUCUCAGGCAAAACUCUACUAGGAACAGCCCAUUUCCCCAUUUUGAGGACCAAAUAAUCCCUGAUGGACAAAAUGUCAUUCAAGAAGGAUUGGAGAGCACAGUUUUUUAGGAGGUCUGGUUGUGUUUGAAUACUUGUGCUGGAAAGCAAUGGAUUUUCUCCCAGGCUAGUCAUAACCUUUAAGACUGACAGCAUGAAGCCCAAGAGGGUAGGUAGCACUCCCUGCUUUCCUGAAUUGAACUGCUAGACUGACCCUGAUGAGUAUUUGGUUUGUAGCAUUGACAGCUCCAAGAGCUAAACCAGCCACUAUCUGCAUAUGUUUUGGUUGGGUUUAAUAUAUUUAUUGGAUUUUAGUUUAUCUAAAGUUAUUUCUAUUGAUAUCAGUCAUGUCAGUUGAAAAGUAAUCAAAUGGAGACAUGAGGGAGUGACUGGAUGUGAACACCUAUCUGUCAUAGGCACUUCUGAAAGUACUACUGUAAAAUGAGCUGGCAGGCUCUUGUAAUAACCUGAUCUCUGAAUAGAACAGAAACCCAAAAUCUUACAGAGAAUCACUUAAACAUUAAUUUUGGGGUGACUCAUCAGAGCCUGGACACCCACAGGCCUUCCUCAAAAGUCUUCAGUGUUGAUAGUUGAAUGUGUCUUCUGAGCUGUGCUGCUGCUGAUGCACAUCCACACAAGUAAACAAAAGACAGCUGUGUCAGCAGCAUGGAAAAUUUAGCAAGAUGCAGCCUUUGUCAAACAGAAGAGGACAACAUCAAUAGGAAAAGAAAUGUUUUCAAGCUUCUUAGAAGGUAAACAAUGGGAUAAAAAAAACCAACCUAGAAGAGUUGGCAGUGUACUGUCAGCUUAAAAUCACUGUUUUAAGUAAGUGAAUUUGACUGCUUUGUAAUGUCUGCUUUAUUUUGUUAACAAACUCCUCUCAGUCAGGGUUUCAUGUCUUUUUGAUAGGAGCUUUUUAGUCUGAAGAGAGAAGAUAUAUUUAACUUUCUAAGAAGCUGAGGGUAUCUGGGCUUUGUGACUCGUUAGAUUGCGAUUAUUGAAUUUUCUCUUGCCUGUUAAGCCUGAUUACUAAGUACCAGGAGAUAUUAAUAUAGCUAGUACUGAACUUAUUAAUGAUUAAAUGGUUCUGGAUUUCCAUGCACAAGAGCUUCAUCAGUCUGUCUUGAUCUGGCAGAUCAGUUAUUGAAGUUUAUUAUCAUUUGUGUGGCAGUACAUUGGGUGUGUUGAAGGUUUGCUGCUUUGGCAAAUGGAGAUGGAAGGUUUGACCAUCCUCCCCUGCAGGAAGUGUUUACCCUUUUUUCUAAGAGUGGUAGUUCCUUUUGGAUAUCUGAGGAUAAAGAGGUAAUAGUGAAGAAACUGGAGAGAUCCUGUGGGGACCUUCUCAGGGCAAUUAGAUACUAUGGCUUCCUCUUUCUCGCGUUGCCCUUCCUAUCUCUGUUGAAAGGCAUUCUGCUUAAUACCUAAUGGUCAGUGCUGCUUUUUAAAAUUGUAUUUUAUUUUUUCCUUUCAGUGUGUUUAGUCAUAGCAAGAUGUUUGUUCUGUUGGGGGUUAAACCUUUAUAUGGGCAAAAAGAAAAGCCAGGAUAAAGUUUUUACUUUAACUACUUUUAACAACUAUUUUAACUACUUUUCACUUCCUCUUCUGAAAGUUAAUCGUGCUUUGUCUCCUGUUCUCUUUCCAUUUUUCCUUUUCUUCUGUCUUUUAUGUCCUUUUAGAUUGUAAGCCUCCCUCCCCAGAAUGCUGCUUCUUACACUGUAAACACCACUGGCUGUUAAGUCAGUUUAGUUGCCACUUUAUCAUUUCAAUUUUAUCUGUGUUCAUAGUGAAUGUGGUCUGAUCUUUGGAGUCCUGCAACACCAAGAGUAUAGAAAGUACUGUAUCAGCUAGGAAGAUAAGAACGUACAACUGUCAUAUUUUUGGCAUUGACCAAUGUUGGAUGUGUCAGAAGAAAAUCCUGUUCUUUGCAUGUUAUUCCAUAGGAAAGCUUAGUUCAGGUAACAGUAGCUCUCAUCCUGAAUACAGGACUUCAGAAGUACUCUUGUCUCUGUAUUUCCUGGUUCCUGCAGAUUGUGUUUUCAAACAUUCAUACUGUUUAGAGUGGGGAAAAAAGCUUUCUAACUUUUUCAGCCUCUUCAGUUCUCUCUCUUUCUUGCCCUCGUUGACUGAGCAGACAGGUUGGUAGCAGCAGCAUUCUCCGUGGCUAAUCAGCCUCUCAGUGUAAUUCCUCAGCAUCUGCUUUGUACCAUAACUUCAGUCCUGUGCUUGUUUAGUGGUAAGAUAGACCUCUGUAGCUACUCCUGUUGACUUAAAAAUAAGUGUUCAUAUCAGUAUUAAAAUAUUACAAGAGCAGAACUGUUGCGUUAGGCACAUUUCUUGCCACUAUGUUGGCUAAUGAACCUUGAAUGAAAGUAAGAGGGCCAGUGACUUUGAAAUAGGAGCUGUUAGCCAAGUGUUGUAGAGUUGUAGUCUUUAUUUAUUUUGUAUGCUAAUCUGCACUUGUGACCCUGAGCAGAAGAGCUGCAGUACAGCAGGUUUUGUAAGCUGUGGCUUAACUAGUUAUCUAGUACCUUAAAACUCUUGUUUAAGCUGACUGGAUUUGUGCACAGGUCAGAAACCUGUUUUCAUUGAUAAUUAAAUGCUAUGCAUACUGUAUAUUCAUUUACAUGGAUUGUUCUAAUACUGCUUGUAUGUAUUAUGCUACAUUACUGUAUUUUUAUAUAUAUAUAUAUAUGUAUUGCAUGAGGUUUAAUUGUUGGGGUUUUUGUAUUUGUCACUUUUGUAUUCACACAGUGCCUCAUGUAUCUAUUUGCAUAUUGCAAGAAGUUGUUUCAAAGCAGUGAUUGGAAACUGGUGGGAAUAAGAAGUCCCCACUGUAGGAUCUGAUGUUUCUGAAGUAUUAAUAAAGUAUAGUGAUUCAAA